AUGGCUAUGAUCACUGGAAAAGAAAAUGAGACCUCCGUGAGUACCUUUAUCCUGUUAGGGUUCUCAGAAUACUCACACCUCCAGGCACCGCUGUUCCUGGUAUUCCUUGUCAUUUACACAGUCACUCUUGUGGGAAAUCUGGGCAUAAUUGUGGUCACAAGGAUCAAUCCCAAACUCCACACACCCAUGUACUUCUUCCUUAGCCACCUAUCCUUUCUGGAUAUGUGUUACUCCAGUAUAUUUACACCCAAAUUGCUAGAAAUCUUGGUUGUGGAAGACAGAACCAUCUCCUUCAAUGGCUGCAUGACACAAUUUUUCUUUAUCUGUGCAUUUGUGAUCACAGAAAUGUUCAUGCUGGCUGUGAUGGCCUAUGACCGAUUUGUGGCUGUUUGUAACCCACUGCUCUACACUGUUGCUAUGUCUCACAGGCUCUGUGCCCUCCUGGUAGCUGGGACCUACACAUGGGGUGCACUCUGCUCCCUCACACUCACAUACUCUCUUUCUGUGCUAUCCUACUGUGGAUCUAAUGUCAUAAAUCACUUUGGCUGCGAGUACUCAGCCGUCCUCUCGCUCUCUUGCUCAGACCCCUCCUUCAGCCAGAUGGCAUGUUUAAUCAUUUCUACGUUCAACGAGACGUGCAGCCUCCUGAUCAUCCUUGCUUCCUAUGCGUUCAUCGUCAUCACCAUCACUAGGAUGCCUUCCAAGGGUGGACUCCACAAAGCCUUCUCCACCUGUGCCUCCCACCUGACCGCCAUCUGCAUCUUCCAUGGGAUCAUCCUCCUUCUCUACUGUGUGCCCAACUCCCAAAGCUCAUGGCUCCUGAUCAAAGUGUCCACUGUGCUGUUUACAGUCAUGAUUCCCAUGCUGAACCCCCUGAUCUACAGGCUCAGGAACAAAGACGUGAAAGAGACAGUCAGGAGGUUGUUCAACUCUCAAGUGUCUUCUCAUUCAAUGUAG